AUGAGUAAGAAUAAGACCCAAAUGCUGUUCAUGGCGAAGACCGGUCUCAUCUUUAAAGCACACGAAGCACAGCAACUUCUCGAGGCAGUACGAGACGUUUGUGAUCCUCCUCAAGUGGUUAUAGCGUUGUUACCUCAUAUGGUGGACUCUCGUAACGCGUAUACGCUGAUCGAACACAACCUAAGUUCAGCCGAUCGACUACGUGUACAACAUCUUAUGGGUCAGGCCCUUCUACCCAUUCUAGGACUGGCAUCCGGUCAUUAUCGUAUCGAUCUGAGUAACGAUCUGGAUCGGGUAACUUUACGAAAACUUAUUGAGAAUAGUAAUCGUACUGCUUUUCUACGCAAGAAAAGUGGACUGAAAGACACGAGUCAGCACACUAACUACCACGGUUUUCGCAACGAGAUACUCCAUGGCAAACCUUUCGUUUUGGAGCCCAAAUUUCUGGAUUCAGCACCACGAUUCGGUUAUUUGGAGCUGGACUACGUGCAACUAGGACGCGCUCCGUGUCACGCACUCUCACAUAAACGUUUUGAACAAAUGCUGCAACUGUGUCAGCUAGAUCGAAUGGGAGCUGGAAUGGGGGUAGCCACUGCAGUGUCGAAAGCAGGCAAUAACGUCAGAAACUCGAUAUCAACGCCACCGAAUUCUUCACCGAUAAUCACCGAAUCGGGGUUCCCACCUCAACGUCCAUUCACUCGAAGAGUAUUUGAAGAAUACGAAAAGAUGAACACGAUCAAGAACUACAUUGACUUCGGUGCAGGUUUAAACCGAUCCAUUGAGCUGACUCCACUUCCUAGUGAACAAUCUAGCACCAAACUUGACACCAGCGAGGGCGAGGAAGGGAGUUCUCAUUCACCAGUUGAAUCUGAAGAUAAAAUACUACCAGAUAUUACACAUAACAUCGAGGUAGAUGCUGAGGAUAGUACUCUUCGGCGCGGGAUUACUCCGGCAACCCCAGCGAUCCCAGCAGCGCCAAACGUCUGCACCGCGCGCCGACUAUUAUUCAACAUUCAGUGGUGUUUGUCCACGCGAUGGAUCACUGUGAACCAGGCCAUUCGGCUAUUGGGAGCUUGGCCUGUCGCCUUCGAAACCUCCCGGUGUGACCUCGUGUGUACCAUUUUCGAUCGAAUCACGGAUCUCCACCAUUUCAGCGGCGUACUAUCGGCCCUCACGGAUGAUGAGGCAGCUCAAACGCUCUACCAGCUAGGUAUGCUAAACGUGUUGACGCCGCUUUGGCCUGACAACUACUACGAGCUCGCACUCGCACAAUACGAGGAACGCGAAAUGGCAAAGGCCCUCGUACGACUUGCCAUCGACGAACCGGGUGAGAACUGGCAAAACGAAACAUUUGGCUGGAGUCGAGACGAGAAGAUCCCAGGCUGGGAGCUCAACUACUCGUGGCUUAAGGAUGGCGGCUUUCCUGAAAAAGGGUUCCUCAGUCUUGAGUAUUAUUCGGGUGCUGAUAAGGGAUGCGGCCCUGUGUGGCCUACGCGUCGAGAUCUGGCAGCCCACACUCUCUGCGGAUUGCCGGACGAUUUGGACGUGUUUGAAAUGCAGAUUGACUCGCUUAGUAUGAGGAAUGUUGUGCAACGACAGCAUUAA